AUGUUCUCCUAUUGUCUAGUAGCAGCCAUGACGUUUCUAUGCAUGUCGAUUUGGUUCAGUUGGAGGUACAAAAACAGAAGAUUGCUAUUGAUGGCAACUAAAAUACCAGGUCCCCCCGUGGUCCCACUAUUUGGUAAUGCUUUGAAGUUCAUGUGUAGAUCGGAAGAUUUAACUACAAUCAUUAAAGACAUCAUACAUGAGUAUGGAGAUGUUUUGAGAUUUUGGUUGGGUCCAGAUUUAAAUAUUGUAGUCAGUAACCCAGAUGAUGUGAAGACGCUACUUACAAGCGCCAAGACUAGCAUGAAAGGUCCUCAGUACAAAUAUAUGGCAGACAUCUUAGGAGGUGGUAUACUUAGUGGAUCAGGUAGCGUUUGGCGAAAACAUCGAAAAAUUGUAACACCAAACUACGCAAAACGUUCCGUCGAAUGCUACUCUAAUAUUUUCAAUAAGGAAACUGAUUAUUUGAUUCAAAAUCUACAGAAAGUACCCGAAGCAAAGGAAAUUGACAUCUACAAGUAUAUCAUACAAUGUACUACAAUGGCUGUAUGCCAGACCUUAAUGGGUUUGACUAGAGACGAGUCAAUAGGAAUACCAAAUCUUCAGGAAAUAAUUGAAAUAAGUCCAAAAUUAUACGAAACAAUAUUCGGUAGAAUGACAAAAUGGUACUUACAAAUCGAUCCCGUAUUUUGGACAACAGAGUCUUAUAAAACUCAAAAACAUUUUCUAGCAUUGAUGCCUAAUUUUGCGAAAUAUAUAAUCGAUGUCAGAAAAUCUAAAUUAAGUGCAAUGAAAAAUUACUUGUGGGAAAACCCAGAUGAAAAUAUGGAGGAGACAUCUCACUUGAGUGUUGUCGAUAGAUUUUUACUAUCCGAACAACUGACUACUGAAGAGUUAAUACAGGAAAUAUUUACUUUAUUCACUUCUAGUCAGGAAGCUUCGGGAAAAAUUUGCUCUUAUUUAUUUCUUAUGAUGGCAUUCAAUCCACACUAUCAGGAAAAACUGUAUUUAGAGAUAAAAAAAGUUGUCGGUAAUAGAGACAGACUACUAACAGAUGAAGAUUUUAAACGAAUGCCUUAUCUGGAAAUGGCGUAUAAAGAAGUAUUGAGGCUUUUCCCGAUUGGCGCGAUGAUUCAAAGGACAGUUUUAGAAGAUAUUCAGAUAGGAACCUGUACUAUUCCAGCCGGUUCAUCGCUGGUAGUUCCUAUAUAUCACAUACAACGUGAUGAACGUUUUUGGGAAAAUCCAAAUGAUUUCGAUCCAGAUAGGUUUAAUGCAGAAAAUACAGAGCACAGACAUUUAUGCUCUUAUAUCCCAUUUAGUUUGGGUCCGAUGGAUUGCUUGGGAAGAUUUUUUGGAACGAAAUUGAUAAAGACAAUAGCAGUACGAAUACUUCAGAACUUUAAACUCAGUUCACGAAAUUCCUACAAAGACUUGCAUCUGGCAAUAAAAAUUUCAGUGUUCUCUGUUAACGGAUAUCCCGUUAUAUUGACUCCAAGAAAUAGAACCUGA